UGCCACCGCAGUCCGGCUGUAGUUGCCCGCCCUCCUGUGCUCCCGGCGAGGCCUCGAGAGACCCGGGAGGGAGCUAGGCCGAGUCCACAGCCCGAGCUAGCGUGGCGCACAAAGCUGCAGACCCCGGGCCGGGGCGAGCAGAGGCGGCCGCCGCCCGGGAGCAGCGCGGCGAGACUCACGGCGCACCCUAUGCCCCCGCUCCCCCACCGCCCCCGCCGCGGCAGCCGGAGCGCAGCGAGAGGACGCGCCACCGCAGGGCCCGGGUGCAGCUAGCGACCCUCGUGCCCAGCGCGCGGCCGGAGGUGAGCAGUGAGCGGCGAGCGGGACGGCAGCGAGGCGUUCGCGGGCCCCCUCCUGCUGCCCGGGCCCGGCCCGCUCAUGGCGGCCAUCCGCAAGAAGCUGGUGGUGGUGGGCGACGGCGCGUGUGGCAAGACGUGCCUGCUGAUCGUGUUCAGUAAAGACGAGUUCCCCGAGGUGUACGUGCCCACCGUCUUCGAGAACUAUGUGGAGGACUACGACCGCCUGCGCCCGCUCUCCUACCCGGACACCGACGUCAUCCUCAUGUGCUUCUCGGUGGACAGCCCGGACUCGCUGGAGAACAUCCCCGAGAAGUGGGUGCCGGAGGUGAAGCACUUCUGCCCCAACGUGCCCAUCAUCCUGGUGGCCAACAAGAAAGACCUGCGCAGCGACGAGCACGUCCGCACAGAGCUGGCCCGCAUGAAGCAGGAACCCGUGCGCACGGAUGACGGCCGCGCCAUGGCCGUGCGCAUCCAAGCCUACGACUACCUCGAGUGCUCGGCCAAGACCAAGGAGGGCGUGCGCGAGGUCUUCGAGACGGCCACGCGCGCCGCGCUGCAGAAGCGCUACGGCUCCCAGAACGGCUGCAUCAACUGCUGCAAGGUGCUAUGAGUGCCGCGCCAGCCCCUGUCGGCGCGGCUCCGGGUCCUGGACCCGUCCCCCACGAGCCCGGAGAAGGGAAGACCCGCGCCUCCCACGAACCCCACCUGGCAUCUGUCUGCUGGCGGCUCUGGCUCAAGCGCCGGGAAUCGGCGUGGGCACGGGGCGCCCCUUUCCAGUGUCUGUGUGUGUCCAGCUGUGUUGCACAGGCCUGGGCUCCCCGCUGAGUGCCAAGGGUCCCCUGAGCAUGCUUUUCUGAAGAGCCGGGCCUCAGAGUGUGUGGCUGUGUGUCUGUUCGACUCCCCUCGCCCC